AUGGUGUUGGAACUAGAAGCAUCAAGUAGACAAAGGAUUGCUGAGGCUGAAAGUGAAGCCUCAGCAGGCUCUGGGGGACUGGCAUCAGGAGUGGAUAGAGAUGCCGUUUCCGAUGUUAUAUCUUCCAACAACGGUAGUUACGCUGAUAUUACUGAGGCUGAUUCUGAAGCUUCUAAGAAUGUAGGAUUGCUUCCAACGAGAGCGGGUAAAAGGCUCCCUCCACCGAUCCCAGUAUUAUCUGAGUACGGUAGGCACGCUGACAUUACUGAGGCUCGCUGA